CGCGCCGCUCCCUGCGCUCCGCUCCGCGCCGCUCCGCCACUCCGCACCUCGGACGGCGCCCGCGAUGUUGCUGGAACGGGUCCGUGCCGGCUCGGAGAAGGCAGCGGAGCUUUGCCCCUUCCCGCGGAGCCCAGAGAUCCCGCUGUGCGCCGGCUGCAAUCAGCACAUCGUGGAUAGGUUCAUCCUGAAGGUCCUGGACCGGCACUGGCACAGCAAAUGCCUGAAAUGCUCCGACUGCCAGACGCAGCUGGCCGAGAAGUGCUUCAGCCGCGGGGACGGCGUUUACUGCAAGGAGGACUUCUUCAAGCGCUUCGGGACGAAGUGUGCCGCCUGCCAGCAGGGCAUCCCCCCGACCCAGGUGGUUCGCCGGGCCCAAGACUUCGUUUACCACCUGCACUGCUUUGCCUGCAUCGUCUGCAAACGGCAGCUGGCCACCGGCGACGAGUUCUAUCUCAUGGAGGACAGCAGGCUGGUCUGCAAAGCGGACUACGAGACGGCCAAGCAGAGAGGUACCCCCUUUUCCCGUCCCUCUCAUCCCUCCAGGGCAAGAGGGAGACUGCCCGGGGCCCUUCCGUCCUCCGGGACACGCUCAUGCAGCGGGCGGGAGGGGUGCCGGGAACAUCUGCUGUCAGGGGGCGCGGCUGGAGGGACAACCGGGACCCCACGUCGCUGGGGAUGCUCCGCGGUGACUUCUUCUCUAACUCUCACCGUGUCGGCAGAGGCUGAGUCCACGGCCAAGAGACCCCGCACCACCAUCACGGCCAAGCAGCUGGAAACCCUCAAAAACGCUUACAACAACUCGCCCAAGCCGGCGCGGCACGUUCGGGAGCAGCUCUCGUCGGAGACGGGGCUGGACAUGCGGGUGGUGCAGGUCUGGUUCCAGAACCGCAGGGCCAAGGAGAAAAGGCUGAAGAAAGACGCGGGGAGGCAGCGCUGGGGUCAGUACUUCAGGAACAUGAAGCGUUCCCGAGGGACCUCCAAAUCCGACAAGGACAGCAUCCAGGAGGAGGGGCCCGACAGCGACGCCGAGGUCUCCUUCACAGAUGAGCCCUCUAUGUCCGAAAUGAGCCAUUCCAACGGGAUUUACAGCAAUCUCAACGAAGCAUCCCCUGCUCUGGGGAGACAGGCUGGGACCAACGGGAGCUUCGCUCUGGAUCAUAGCGGCAUCCCAGCUCAGGACCAGUACCAUGACCUGCGAUCCAACAGCCCCUACGGGAUACCCCAGUCACCGGCUUCCUUGCAAGCGCUGCCCAGCCACCAGCCUUUAAUCUCCAGCUUGGUUUACCCAGACAACGGCUUGGGCAUCAUGGGACAAAGCGGACAAGGGGUGCCCCAGUCCAUGAGGGUCCUGGCUGGGAAUGGACCCAGCUCCGACCUCUCCACCGGCAGCAGUGGGGGAUACCCAGAUUUCCCUGCCAGCCCGGCCUCUUGGCUGGAUGAAGUUGACCACGCUCAAUUUUGAUACAGGGUCCACCACCAUGCAGUGGGAAGGGAAAGGACUCGGUGCUGUUAACGUCAUCUACUCUUGGAAAUAAAGGAAGGACAAACUGGCUGCCGAGCGAGGCAGGAAAGCACGACAACAUGGAGAGAGCGGACUUGCUUUCAGAAGGCGACCCAGCAGUGGGUUGGCAGAAGACAGUGGGCAAAGGCAGCUUCCCUGCAGUGAUACGGAGCAUCCAAACGAAACUGAUUCUUGUGUCUUUACUAAACACCAAGACUUGUGCUUUACAGAUUUGAUAUAAGGUAUUUUGCUUUCUGUUGUCAGUGCAUUCUCCAAGGCAAGGACUUGCUUCAUCACCCAUCCACACCGAAACGUUUUAAAGAGAAAAAAAAAAGGUCCUCAUCCACGGUAAAAGGUGUGACAAUGUCUAUAUUUCUAUAGGAGAAAUGCUCAUAGUGAAUCACGUCAGAAACCCAUGGUAGAAAACUCUGUUCUUCCAGCUGAUUUUUUAAAAGCGCGCCGAAGCGGUAUGUUUUGUUUUAUUUUGAAUUUACGUUAACUUUUCUAAAAUGAAAUGCUCUUUCACAUGCCAAUCAUUUAUCAACAACCCUUUUCCUUUGUAAAAUGGAAAUCAUAUGUUAAUUCUGCUUCUCAUCUCUUCGAUUUGUAGAUUGGUAGUUUGAUUCUUCCAUAUAAAGCAUUAAACCGUGAAUAGAUGUAUUUAUUACCAAAUAACUACACUUUUAUCACGAGGUCAAGAGGUGAUUUUUCUUGACCCAGGAACACUAGCGGCUCUGGGCUGUGAAUCUUAUGCUUUUAUUUCAAAUCCCUUUGCAAUGGUUUUACUGCAAAGUGUCUCAAAAUUCACCCUGAUGUCUUGUUGCCAAAUACCUUCUCGGGGGGUGGUUGUCUCUCAGCAGGAGGGUUCAGCCGGUUUAGUUCAAGCCAUUCCCCAGACACCCCAGGAGCGUGUUGGAGUGAGCACACGCUUUCCGGGUGACCCUUCUCUGUUCCACGUGUUUGUAUGUUUCCGCAGAUAUCAUGCGAGCUGAUUGUGAGGAAAGGCAAGACACUAUGUAUAUUAUCUGUACAAAAUGAUUGAAUUAACUGUAGAUUAUGUGAAUGUCCAGUGUCCUUUAUUUAAAUUCUCGCUUUCUCUCUGAUGAUCAAAUAC